AUGGCCCACACCAACGCCAACAACGGCCCACCACCAUGGCCCACCAGCACCCCCAUGAACGGCGAGCACAGCUCACCACCAGCACCCACGACGGCCCACCACAACACCAACGCUGACAAUGGCCCACCACAACGGCGACGACGACCCACCACGCUCAGUGACAACGGCCGAGCACCCCGUCCCACCAAUGGUGAUUGCGGCUCCAGUCAUAAUUCCGGUGUGGUUAACAAAGAAGCUGCCAUCGUUUCUAGGCUUGUUGGUGACGCCAAGGAUCGGGUUCAAAUGGAGUUUGAUGGCCGAACUGGGGAUACCAACAUACAAGGGAAGACUACUGGUGUCUACUACAAUGCAAGGGAGAACUACCGAAGCAACAUAUGGGGGGACUUGUAUACCAGGCUACUAUAA